UUUCAAAACAUGUAGGUGUAGUUGAAAUUAGUGGAACUAUGAAAGAACAAUUAUCACAAGAAGAAAGUGUUCACAAGCCAGCCAAUGACUUUAACCAUGCAGGCGAUCAGACCACAGUGGCAAAUGAAAAUGAUUUGGCAGUCGUCCAUACAGCUGAUUUAGCAAAGGAGGCUUCAGUCUCUGAAAAAGCGGUUCAGCAGCGUGAGUGUCUAUCUCCAGUGACAGAUGUUCAAGAGCUUGAAGCAACUGAAAACAAACCUGAAACAUCAGAGCAACCUCAGCUGGAUGAGGAAAUACAAAAUUUGGAAGAAGUUGUUGAAGGAUCAGUGCUUGUGAAAGAAGAGCAUCAGUUAUGUGAGAACAAGUCAGAACUAAUGGAGGUUUCUGUCCUAGAAGUGUCUCAUAAUGAACUCAAACAAGAAGCUACACUGAUAAAGGAGAGUCCAGCAAUUCUAUUACAAAAUAACGUGACCCUGAAGAGCGAAGAAAAAGUUUCUCAAGCAUGUUUCAGUAGCAGCAUUUCUGAGGCUGAAAGUAUACCAGAUAUGAGUUUACCUGUUGAAAGCAAUACUGUCAAAAUCUUUGGAGAAACCAGCAAUAACUACACACAGAACGACAAGCCAAGCAUUUCUUCCCAUUUUGUGACAGUUUCAGUUGGAGUUUCUCCUGUAACAAAUGUGUCUUGCACUUCAGCUGCAGGCACUUUCUCAGGAAUUCCUGCAUCAACGUUCGUACCCAUAGUUCCAAAAAUAGGCAUGGGAAAACCAGCUAUUACCAAAAGGAAGUUUUCUCCAGGAAGACCUAGAAUGAGACAGGGCAUGUGGGCGACAAAUGCCAUGAGUUCCCCUUCCUGGUCUACAGGCAGUUAUGAAUUUCGGGAGAGUAUGGUAAAAACAAAGCAACCUCAGAGCACCAUUUGGAACAUCAAAGUGGGUCGUGGUGCUGGCUUUCCUGGGAAGAAGAGACCACGUGGUACAGGACACUCUGGACGGGGAGUUAGAGGCAGGUCAAAACUGAAAAAUGGUAUUGGUGCUGCUAUAACACCAGGAGUUGGUGCUAUGGAAAUGAUGGUCAAUAAGGAUGAGGAUGAAAACUCGAUGCAUAACACCGUUGUUUUAUUCUCUACAAGUGACAAAUUUACUUUGAAACAGGAUAUGUGUGUUGUUUGUGGAAGCUUUGGGAAAGGUUCAGAAGGCCGACUACUUGUUUGCUCUCAGUGCGGCCAGUGUUAUCAUCCCUACUGUGUCAGUAUUAAGAUCACCAAAGUGGUACUAAGUAAAGGCUGGCGAUGCCUGGAGUGUACAGUGUGCGAAUCCUGUGGGAAGGCCUCUGAUCCAGGUCGUUUACUUCUCUGUGAUGAUUGUGACAUCAGCUAUCAUACCUAUUGCCUGGAUCCACCUUUGCAGACAGUUCCUAAAGGUGGCUGGAAAUGCAGAUGGUGUGUUUCUUGUGUACAGUGUGGAGCAACCUCACCUGGUUUCAAGUGUGAAUGGCAGAACAAUUAUACACAAUGUGCUCCUUGUGCCAGCUUGACUGUCUGCCCAGUCUGCAACAAGAAUUACAAAGAGGAGGAGCUUAUUAUACAAUGUCGGCAAUGUGACAGGUGGAUUCAUGCUAUAUGCCAGAACCUGAACACAGAAGAUGAAGUAGAGACUGCAGCAGAUAAUGGCUAUGACUGUUUCACGUGCAGACAAUAUGCAAUGACAACUCCAGUGACUACCUCAGAAGAGACUGAGUUAUCUUUGGUAACACCUCAAUUUAUUGUAAAGACAAAAGAACCAGAACCGAUGAGGACAUAUACACGGGAUGGUGUCUGUCUGACUGAAGUUGGUAUGUCACAGCUCCAAAGUCUCAGUAUUGCUCCUCCACGUCGGAAGCGACCCAAGCCAAAGUUGAAGCUAAAGAUCAUAAACCAGAACAGUGUUGCUGUUUUACAAACUCCACCUGAUCCUCAGUCUGAACAAUCGAGGGACAUGGAUGGAGAUUUAGAUGAAAGCAGAGCAGCUGACCUAAUGGACUGUGAUGCAAAAUCUGAUACACUUACAAGUCCAGAGCGGGAACCAGCAGAUGAUGACUGUAAGGGAGCUGAGGGGUCUGACAGCCUAAAGAAGAGGAAAAGGAAACCAUACAGACCUGGAAUUGGUGGGUUUAUGGUACGUCAGAGGAGCCGGACAGGACAGAACAAGACAAAACGCUCACUGUCAAGGAAGAACUCCACUGGUUCAGUCUCUGAAAUGAUAACUGGGAAGGAGGAUGUAGGUUGGGUGGAACAACUACAAGAGCUACCUGGCGAUGAGGCAGCUGUUGCCCCUGAGAUUGUGGAGAAAAUGAAAAAGCGAUACAGGAAGAAAAAGAACAAAUUGGAAGAGAUUUUUCCAGCAUAUCUGCAGGAAGCCUUCUUUGGAAAAAAUCUUCUUCUUGCAAGUCAACACAGCAAACUGAGUCUGGAUGCUCUUUCUGAUGAUGAAUUAUCUCGGCCACCAAACAGAGUUCUGAAUGCAAAUAUAAGUUUCCUGGAUCCUUCCUCUGAUCCACUGUUGAGUUCAGCCACAACUCAGGUGGCAACAAAACAUCAGGGAGGACAAGGUAGCAGUGAAGACCCUCUAGCUGAUCUCUCAGAAGUCCUAACCACAGAAGAUGAUAUCCUUGGAAUACUCUCUGAUGAAUUGGACAAAACAGGAGAUGAGACCGGUCUUGAUUUAUGCACUUUCCAGGUCGAGAAUUCACCUUCUCCAUUUGCUGGACUGGAUAUUGGCCCCAUUACAGAGGAUCCAUCUGCAGUUCCCCAGUCAUGUGGAGGCCAAAGUUCGCGACCUUUGACCGAGGAACAACUAGACCGAAUACUUAGCCCUGAUCUUGAGAAAAUCGUUUCAGAUGGUACAAUUCUAAGUAAGCUGUACAAAAUUCCAGAGCUGGAGGGAAAGGAAGUGGAAGAUCUGUUCACAGCUGUGUUAAGUCCUUCAGCGAACCAGGCGCCGCCGCCGCCACCACCUCCACCACCUUUGCCUCCUUUGCCUCCGCCUGAACAUGGAGAUAGUGGAUUUGCCAGGAUGCCAGCAAUGAAUGGUGUGAUUGGGCCACAUCCACAGCAACAAACAUCUUUAGCACCUGGAGGUGGACGAUGUCUCACAAGUUCUUAUUCUUCAAUUCCUCAGUCACCAUUCCCUGAUAACAGAGACAAGAAUCAUAUGUUUAGUCAAGUUGUGACUGAGCCUCCUAACCCAUGGGUUCCCUCUGCUCCUGCUGUGGAGGCGGAAGGAGACACACUGAACUACACACAACGGAGUACUCUGAAAUGGGAAAAGGAAGAAUCUCUGGGUGAGAUGGCAACUGUCGCCCCUGUUUUAUAUACAAAUACAAACUUCCCCAACUUGAAAGAAGAUUUUCCAGACUGGGCUACCAGAGUGAAACAAAUAGCUAAACUGUGGAGGAAGGCAAGCUCCCAAGAGAGGGCCCCUUAUGUGCAAAAGGCAAGAGAUAAUCGAGCAGCACUGCGUAUAAACAAAGUUCAAAUGACCAGCGAGUCUUUGAGAAGGCAGCAGCAAGAAUGCAUUGAUUCAGUCUCUCGACCUGACUUAGACUUGCCAUUCAAAGAUCAAAUGAAGCAAAAAGAAUCAGAACACGAGCAAGAAUGGAAGCUAAGACAGCAAAUGCGGCAGAAGAGUAAGCAGCAAGCCAAGAUUGAAGCUACACAAAAACUGGAACAGGUGAAACACGAGCAGCAGCAACAACAACAAUUUGGGUGCCAGCAGUCUUCUGCAGGGGAGGAUUCUAACAGUCCAAAAGCAGGUGAACAGGACAGUGGACACUUGUCUCCUCUACACUUGCCCAAAGAAGGGUUUGCAAGGCCUCGGGCUCUUGGCACUUCAGUCUCAACGUCAUCAGAUGAUGUCUUUCUCAGACCUCAGGCUCCUCCCCCAACACCAACAAGGAUACCACUGCAGGAUCCAUUUGCACAGCCCCAGACUUCACAGUCGCCAUCACCACAGAUGUUUUCUCCAGUUGCUAAUGCGUCAAGACCAUCAUCUCCUUGGGAUCCAUAUGCUAAAAUGGUUGGAACACCAAGACCGCCACCAGUUGUUAGAAGAAAUUCACUGUCCUCUGUAGAUUCUUGUGCUGUUCCUCAAAGUGCAACCAGGCCUUCACCAGCUACUGAACAGAUCGAGAGAAAUAGGCCUUCAUUAGCAGAUGAGUCUUUUGGGUCACCAUCACCAACUGGCAGUGAUCCUUAUGCAAAGGCACCCGAUACUCCAAGACCUUCCAUGACCAUAUCAACAGAUCAUUUUUCAAAGCCGUUAGGAUUGCCUAGACCACCUAUGAAUCCUGAUCCAUCAGGGAAUAUGCCUGUAAAUGUAAAUGAUCCCUUUGCUAAACCUGCACACAGACCUGAUAUGUUGCCUAGACAGCAAGUGCCACAUAAUCGAAUGGGGCCUCUUGAUCUAUAUUCAAGAUCACAACAUGCACCUAAUCCAGCUAAUGUUGAAGAUGGAAGUGGACAAUUAUUUAAGACACCAAUGCCACCAAUUCAGUCACCUCAAGAUCCUUAUGCAUCUAUGCCUUUAACUCCAAGACGCACAUCUGUUGAUCCAUAUGAAAGAACUGUGUUGAAUUCAAGACCUGUGGAUAAUUUUUCACAAAGCCCAGCACAGUCGCAGUCCCAGUCAAUGGAAUCUUAUGCACAGCAACCACAGACACCUCAUACUGUGAAUGAGCCGUUUUCGCACAGUCAGAGAGUUCCCCGGCAAACCCAGGGUGACACAUUUGUACAACAGGGGUCAAUAUCAAGACGGUCUCCUCAGGAUCCUUAUUCACAGCCUCCAGGAACCCCUCGACCUGCAGCUGACCCCUAUUCGCAACCUCCAGGAACCCCUCGACCUGGAGCUGACCCUUAUUCACAGCCUCCUGGAACCCCUCGACCUGCGGCUGACUCUUAUUCACAGCCCCCAGAGACCCCUCGACCUGCGGCUGACCCUUAUUCACAGCCCCCAGGAACCCCUCGACCUGCGGCUGACCCUUAUUCACAGCCCCCAGGUACUCCUCGACCUGCAGCUGAUCAGUAUGCACAGCAGUCACUAACUCCAAGAGCCCCUUCACAACAAGCAGAUCCGUAUUCCCAGCCCCCUGGUACUCCAAGGCCUUUAGUUGCAAAUCGUUUUGUACAAUCACCAAUUAAUCAGAGGUAUUCAGAUCCAUAUGCACACCCUCCUUUAACCCCAAGACCAGUUGGCUCUGAUCCCUUUGCCCAAUCUGCAAGGCCAGUAAUUUCUGACCGACAAACAUUGACAAGGUCAAGUCAGUUGGUAAAUCAGGAUCCAUUUUUGCAACCGCCACACAACAGAGUUCCAAAUUCGAAAGAUUCAUUUGUGCGACCAGCUGAUGUGCGUGGUCGAACACCUCAAACUUCCAGACCAGCUGGAAUACAUGAUGAUGCAUUUUCACCCCAUGCACCAGCAGUGAGACCAUCUUCGGACACAUACGGACAAACAGUACACGACCCAUACGAUCAGCCACCAAGGACCCCAAGACCUCAAACUAAUGAUAAGUUUGUGCCAGGGAGACUUAAUCACGAUAUUAGUGACCAACAAGGACCUGCAUCAGAUUCCACAAAUUUUAGCAGCUCCACAGGAUCACCCUUGAAUUCACAAGUACAUCAGUUUCAUAAUGUACCCCCAACACUUGACCAAGGCCAAUCUAUUUUGACAUCUGAGGCACAGAAUAAUGUAAGCACAGGUCAUAUGGACACAGAAGAAAAGCAGCGGCAGAGGCUGAGAUUACGGGAACUGAUACUUCGACAGCAACAGCAGAAGAAUGCAGUCCGUCAGGAAAAAGGCCUGCAAGAGCAAGCAAUGACAUCUGCAGCAACUCCACUUAGGCACUGGCCACAAGAGGAUUUAAAACGUCAAAGUGAACUAUUUGGAAGACCACCUCCCCCCUAUCCUGGUAUUGUGAGAAUCCCUCGUGCAUCUCAAACUGGACAAAGAUUUCCAGGCCUUUUUGCAAAUGAACCUCGCAGUCGUUUAAUGACUGAUGGUCAAUUUAACAGACCACCAUUUUCUGGGGAUGUUGCCAGAAUGGUCAUGAGGUCACAAGGUCCAAGGAACUCUUUUGCAGGAAAUGGACAGAGACCAUUUGCAAAUCAGGAACACUUUCUUGGGCAACACCAGAUGCAGGCAAAUGUUCCUGGCCUUCCACAGCAGCUAAGGCGAUCACUAUCUGUGGACUUUACCAGGUCUUUAAACAAUCCGCAGGUGAACAAUGGUGUAAUUAUCCCUCAACAUUUUCCUCCUAGGGGUAUGCAAAUGCCCCAGCACAAUAUUUCAGGACAACCAUUCAUAGAACUACGGCACAGAAUACCAGAAAACAGGCCACGACUUCCUUUUGCAUCAGUGGUGCCUCCACGUGGUUUAGAUCCAGCUAGCCAGCAACAAAGACCUGGUGGAGUUCCUAUACCAGGGCAGGGUGCUUUCUCUCCGAGUCAGGGACCAAAGUCACUGGAUUCUGUGUCAAGUCAACAGCAUGGCAUACAUAAUCAAAUGGAAAAUUGUGGUAAUUUAGAUCAACUUAAUCAGCACCAACAGCAAAUGCAUAUAAAUCAUCCAGCCAUGCCCCUUUCUCGUUCUUUGAGCAAUCCACCUGCCAGUGAAGCUUUUACAUCAACAGUCUCCUUGUCUGCCAGUGCAUCUACGCAAGGAGACAGUAUGGUAGAAAAACUUGAUUCUGAUGAGCCUUCAGUGAAAGAUCUUGAUGUUAAGGACCUUGAUGGAGUGAGAGACCUAGAAGUUAAAGACUUAGAUGAUGAAGAUUUAGAAAACUUAAAUUUGGAUCCAGUAGAUGGGAAAGGUGAUCCUGACUUGGAUAAUUUAGACAACCUAGAAACAAAUGACCCACAUUUGGAUGACCUCUUAAAAUCAGGGGAGUUUGACCUUAUUGCUUAUACAGAUCCUGAGCUUGAUCUAGGUGACAAGAAGGAUAUGUUCAAUGAAGAAUUGGAGCUGAAUGAUCCAAUAGAUGAUAAAUUGGAUGAACAGAAUAAAACUGGAGAAGAAAUAAAAUGUGACCAAGCAGUCAAAGCAGGAAAACAAUCUGAUUGUUGCCCUGAGAAGGAAGAAACUGCAAAAUCAAGUGGAGGAUCUCAUGAACAUAGUCCUAAAGAUUCAAAGCAUUCUGUAAAGUCUGAAAAUGGUGUUAAUGAUGGUAAUCAUGAAGCUCCUUUUAGCGCAGGUACACCUGAGACUGAGAUAAAAGAUACAGUAGCAGAUAAUGGACCUGCUUCUAACCCUUGCAUUGAAGGAGAACUGGAAAUGGCAAAGGGAGAGGAAAAAGUUGACGAUAACACAGAAUCUAAGGAGGCUAGCCCAGGUUUCAAUGAUUCGCAAUCUUCUACCCAAACGUCUAAUUCUAUAGGGGGCAAUUCUUGCAAUCUAACUGGUUCUACUCCAGUCCUUUCAAGUUUGUUAACUGAGAAGCCAAAUAGUUCUGGACUUGCAUCAUUGGGUUCACCAGUCCAGGUUGUACCAUCACCUCAGCCGCAUCCAAAUAUUGGUAUCUCACAAUCUCCUAAUAUGGCAGUCUCUCCAGGGCAAAUUCCUGACAAUGCAAUAAAUCAAAACUUGCAGAUGGGUCAAAGAUUAAACCGUAGCUUUUCACAAGGCACUUCGGGAAAUCGGGCCUUUUUCCAAACACAGCCGCCUGGCCAGAAUUAUACAGCAGGCCAACAGCCAAGUCAAAAUGUGGUUAUUGCAAAUCAACCAGGUCCCAGUAGUCUACCCAGCACACAACAAAUUAUGCUCCCUCAGGCAGUGGGUCCUCAGGGUCAGCGUGAGCGACCCCUUCUUUUAGAAGAGCAACCUCUCCUUUUACAGGACCUUUUGGAACAAGAAAGGCAGGAGCAGCAGCAACAGCGACAAAUGCAGGCUAUGAUACGCCAUCGAUCCACUGAUUCUUUCUUCCCCAAUAUUGAUUUUGACGCAAUCACUGAUCCAAUAAUGAAAGCAAAAAUGGUGGCCUUGAAGGGGAUCAAUAGAGUUAUGGCCCAAAGUAAUUUGGGAAUGCCACAAAUAGUAAUGAAUAGAUUUCCAUUUGUGAGUCAGCAAAUGUCUAGUACACAGAGUGGUGACAGUGGACAGAAUCCCGUCCUUCAAGGAGUUGGCCCGGAUGGGAGUUUGCCACCCCAAAUGUCACGACCAAAUCCUCCAUCUUUUGGUCCAGGUUUUAUGAAUAAUGCACAGAAGAAACAGUAUGAGAAAUGGCUGCAGGAUACCCAGCAGCUCCUCCAAAUACAGCAAAAAUAUCUUGAGGAACAAAUUGGGACACACCGAAAAUCUAAGAAGGCACUCUCCGCUAAGCAGCGUACUGCCAAAAAGGCUGGACGAGAGUUUCCAGAAGAAGAUGCAGAACAGCUUAAGCAUGUAACUGAGCAGCAGAGUAUGGUGCAGAAGCAGUUGGAACAGAUUCGAAAACAACAAAAGGAACAUUCAGAACUUAUGGAGGAAUAUCGUCUGAAACAGCAGCAACAAUGUGCAAUGCCAUCAUCUACCAUGAUGUCGACUGGAUCAGUCCAGCCCUCCUCAGUCCAAGGUGGGGCACCAUCCUCAGUAAAUCAACAGAGCUUCUCAGUAAUGCCACAACAACCCCAACAACAACUUCAGCCAUCUGUUCCAAACCAGCCAAAUGCUACUAGAAUGACUAAUGCUCCUCAAUGGCAACCUCGCAAUGCUAAUGCAACUGCGCCUCCCCACAUGCCAGUGGGGGUGGGUAACCCAGGGAUGCAACACCCUGCACCACCUCAGUUGCCAGUAACGAGCACACAAUCUACUCAAGCAGCAACUGUCACAACAAAUCAACAGUCCAACGUACCACCACGAGUUGAAUUUGAUGACAACAAUCCAUUCAGUGAAAGCUUUCAGGAGAGGGAACGGAGGGAGCGUUUACGAGAGCAACAGGAAAGGCAGAGAAUCCAGCUCAUGAAGGAAGUGGAACGCCAUCGUGCUAUGCAGAAGAGGAUGGAAAUGGAGCAACAGCAAGGCAUGGCAGCUUUAAACACACCUGCCCUUUCUCAAAUGCCAUAUUUUAAUUCUGAUUUGCUUUGUGAUUUCAUGCAGUCUCAAAGGCCUCAGCAGCAGCAGCAAGUUCAGCAGAUGGGACUUGUUCCUUCCCAGCAACAGAAUCUAUUUCCACAGUUCAUGAACUCAUCACCUCAACCAUCUUUCAUGCAAUGCAAUGAUGGUAGACCAGUGGGAGCACCAGGAUUUGGGCCUGAAGCCCAUACUGUCCCAGGUGGAUGCCCACCUGUCCAUCCUAUGAAUCAGGUACCAUCUGGACUUGGCUUUCCACAAAACCAGCCAAGAGCUCCCUUUGGGCCAUGUAUGCCUGCAGGCUCUCAGGGAAAUAGCGAUGGAGCUUCUUUUGGCCCAGAUAAUGGAAUGCAACUACCAGGCAAUUACCCAGGUCCAGGUCAAUCUCUCAUUCAACUUUAUUCCAACAUUAUACCAGAGGAAAAAGGGAAGAAGAGAAGAAACAGAAAGAAGAAGAAAGACGAUGACAGUGACUCAGUCAAGACGCCAUCUACUCCUCAUUCUGACAUCACUGCACCAGCUACACCCACUAUUUCUGACUCUGCGUCUAACCCAUCGGUUAAUCUGCCUGGGGAAUUUGGGUUUAAUCAGAGUGAACAGGAGAAUGAAGAGGUAAACCAAUCGGUUGACAAUUCAAAUGACCACCAGCCUCCAUCUGAACUUGAACGGCAACUUUCUUCCAGUGUCAGUGCACCACACAGACUUACGACACAACAAGUUGGUCUGCCGUCUGAAACAGAUCACAGUUCAUCAAAUGACGAUGCUCAGACAAACACUGUGAAAGUGGAACAGGCAGAAACCACACAUUGCCAAGAUAAUUCUCAGUCCAAGGUGGAAACACAGAAUUCAGUAAAGGUAGAGGGAAAGGUCAGUUUGCAGCAGUCUGCUGUUUCAACACAGAGUCCAGCUGCAGGAAAUGUGUCAGGAUCAAAGCAAGAAUCAGGAAAUGAGCUUUUGAAACAUCUACUGAAGAACAAAAAUGUUCCAUUGCCUCCUCACCAAAUAGCAGAAGAAAAACCUGAAGGUGAAUCAUGUAUGGAAAGCAAAUUAAAGAAACAAAGUCUAUUUGAGGGACAGAGUCCACCAACUGGUUUUAACUUUGACGGAAAGGUGAAUCAGUUGCUGAGGAAGGAUUCAGAGGAAGAAAAGAAACGACCCAAAAACAAAAGAUCACAGAAAACAGCUGAGAAGACUGUAUCACGCUAUAAGAAACGUAAAAAAGAUGAGGAGGACAGGCAAGCAAUCUACCCCAAUACAGAUGUGCUAAUGAACCAGUUAAAGCAGCAACUGACUCUUCUCCCACUACUGGAACCAACUAUCAGUGUGAAUUUUGCAUACUUCCCUCCCUACGGUAGUGGACAGUUGAAUGGUGAUAAUCUACUCACAGGAUCUUUUGGCAGUGCUGUUCUUGACAGCGUUCCAGAUUACUACUCUCAGUUGAUUUACAAGCAGAGCAAUUUGAGCAAUCCUCCCACCCCACCGGCCUCCUUGCCUCCUACACCCCCACCUGUGGCACGCCAGAAGCUGGUGAAUGGUUUUGCUACCACUGAUGAGCUCUCUGGAAAACCAGGGCACCCUGAUGUUGGCAAAGGCCUUGGACCAAAACAGUAUCAGCUGCCUUUUAGACCUGAAGAUGAUCUGUUGGCAAGAGCUUUGGCCCAUGGACCGAAAACAGUAGAUGUUCCUGCCUCCCUCCCUACUCCACCCCACAACAAUCAUGAGGAGCUGAGAGGCCAGGAGCAUUGUGGUGGUGAUGACCGUGAUUCGCCAGACAGCUUUGUAGCUUCGUCAUCUCCAGAAAGCGUAGUAGGCGUGGAGAUCAGCAGAUAUCCCGAUCUCACCCUGGUGAAAGAAGAGCCACCGGAUGCAGCUCCAUCCCCAGUCAUUCCCAUGCUCCCAAGUUCCACUGGCAAAGGUUCAGAAGUUCGACAGAGUGAAGUUAAGAUGGAGCCAACCUUUGGAAACAUGGGUUCAACUAUGUUUUUUGGAAAUCAGUUUACACAAUCCCAGAAUGGGCCCAAAAUUGGUUUUGUAUCAGUUGCACUUACUCUGACUCCAUCAGCUGCUGAGGAUAUUAAUGGUGUUGUAGCAAGAGUGGCUGACUUCCUACACAUUAAAGUUCCUAACAGUUAUGAGGUCAGCAGUGCACCUGAACCACCUUCAAUGCCUUUGAUUAAUGCUUACAAAUUCACCCAAGCCUUGGAGAGCAGACCUUCACUAAUGGCUCAAGGUUCUCACCCUUGUUUUACUGGCCCUAUCAAGAUUAUGAGACCUGUUGGGCCUACCAGCCUACCAUAUAUGAUUCCUGCCAGUGGCACAGUGGCACUCAAAGCAGACAAUCGAGCAGUCAUGAACAGCUCUACCAGCUCGAAACCUCAGUGGUGCCGUCAUUGUGAUGUUGUGGUGCUUGGUAAUGGUGUACGGAAGACGGUCACUGAUCUACCAUAUAUCAAGCAGGAUUCAAGAAACGGAACAAGCAAACCUGAGCCUGAUAUUGUCUUCUGUAGCAAUAAUUGCUUUGUACAGUACGCUAUGGCCACACAAGCAAAAACUCCAGAGUCAAAGCAACAGGAACUUACAUCUGCAAUGGUAGAGCAGCCAGCCAAAGAUGUGACACGAAACACAUUCCAUCACUAUAACAACAACACCUCCUCCUUAGAUGUCCAUCGACUUCCGCGGAUUCAGGAAAACGCAGUGUCUCCAACUACAACUGCUUAUUUCCCUCCUGCCAGGCUGCAGGUUUUCAAACAAGAGUCAAAGGCUGAAGAUCUCAAGGUGACUGUGAAGCUAAAGCCUAGAUCAAGGUCCACACCGGAGGAUCCAGAUGACAAUUGUCCAGCAGUUAAAAGAUGGAAAGGGAUGAAGUGGAAAAAGUGGAGAGUUCAAAUAGUCCUUCCUAAAGCACACUUGAAGUUAGCAUCAGAGGAAGAGAUAGAUGAACUCCUGAAGAAACUUGGUACAUCCCUAAAGCCUGAACCCAUGCCACGCGACUAUAGAAGAUGUUGUUUAUGUCAUGAAGAAGGUGAUGGAACAACCAAUGGGGCUGCAAGGCUCCUGAAUCUUGAUCUUGAUCUCUGGGUCCACUUGAACUGUGCUCUUUGGUCCACAGAAGUAUAUGAGACCCAAGCUGGCGCAUUGAUUAAUGUGGAGAUGGCUUUAAGACGUGGUCUUUCUAUGAAGUGUGUUUUCUGUCAUAAAAUGGGAGCUACUGGUACAUGUCACCGGAUAAGAUGCACCAAUAUUUAUCACUUUACCUGUGCCAGUAAAGCCCAGUGCAUGUUUUUUAAGGACAAGACAAUGCUCUGCUCAAUACAUAAACCAAAGGGACCCCAUGAGCAAGAGCUGACAUACUUCGCUGUCUUUAGGAGGGUCUAUGUGCAACGGGAUGAGGUCAAACAAGUUGCCAGCAUUGUACAACGAGGAGAACGCAACCACACAUUUCGUGUUGGUGGCUUAAUUUUCCAUGCCAUCGGGCAACUUCUCCCACAGCAGAUGCAGUCUUUUCACAGCUCUAUAGCACUCUACCCAGUUGGAUAUGAAGCAAGCCGUUUUUACUGGAGUACACGUUACUCCAACAAACGCAGCCGAUACCUCUGCUCUAUUGAAGAGAAGGAUAAUGUCCCAGAGUUUGUGGUCAGGGUUAUUGAACAAGGUCAUGAAGAUCUGGUCUUAACAGGAAGUUCUCCAAAAGGGGUGUGGCAAAAGCUCCUGGAACCCAUCGCUCGCCUUAGAAAAGAUGCUGACAUGCUGAAACUCUUUCCAGACUACCUGAAGGGUGAUGACCUGUUUGGCUUGACUGUUUCUGCAGUCACAAGGAUAGCGGAAUCGCUACCUGGAGUAGAGAACUGUGAAAACUACACUUUCCGAUACGGUCGCAAUCCAUUGAUGGAACUUCCACUUGCAAUAAAUCCUUCAGGCAGUGCUCGGUCUGAACCCAAAAUGAGUACCCAUGUCAAGAGGUUUGUGUUAAGGCCGCACACUCUGAACAGUACUAGUACAUCCAAGUCUUUUCAGAGCACCGUCACAGGAGAGCUGAAUGCACCUUAUAGCAAGCAAUUUGUCCAUUCCAAAUCCUCUCAGUAUCGCAAAAUGAAGACCGAAUGGAAGAUUAAUGUGUACCUGGCUCGUUCUCGAAUCCAGGGUCUUGGUUUGUAUGCUGCCCGAGACAUUGAGAAGCAUACUAUGGUCAUUGAGUACAUUGGAACAAUCAUCCGUAAUGAAGUGGCUAACAGGCGGGAGAAACUUUACGAAGCACAGAAUCGUGGAGUAUACAUGUUUCGCAUUGACAGUGAUCACGUUAUUGAUGCAACAUUAACAGGAGGUCCUGCAAGAUAUAUUAAUCAUUCCUGUGCACCGAAUUGUGUGGCUGAGGUGGUGACCUUUGAGAAAGGACACAAAAUAAUCAUCAGCUCCAACCGUAGGAUUCAAAAAGGAGAGGAGCUAUCGUAUGACUACAAGUUUGAUUUUGAAGAUGACCAGCACAAGAUCCCAUGUCAUUGUGGAGCUGUAAACUGCCGCAAAUGGAUGAACUAACUGCAUUCCUUGCAAUAUUUCUGGGGUUCGCUUGUCCCUGGGAAAAGAUGCUUAAAAUCUUUUUUUUUAUAUAAAGAAAUAAGCCUGGAGCUCUCAAAUGAUUUUCCUCAUCUCCAGCAGCAGCACAGAAUUCUGUAACAAGCAUAAACUAAAGACUGGCUAAGUUGCCAGUUGCCCAUCUGUUCAUUUAUAGUGCAGGUGGAAGCAGAUUACUAAAUGGUCUAGCACUGGAGUUACUGUCCUGUAUUGACUAAAAAUGGGAAAUGGUUUUAUUAGGAAAAGAACCAAUGGCUGGCCUGCUUUCAAGUAGGAUAGGCACUUAUGAAUGUAGGACUGAAUUCACCAGCUAGGGGAAGGAUCAACAGUGCUGGCCACAGCCUUAUUUGCAAGGGGCAGGCCCUCUAAUUUAAAAAUAAAUAAAUAAUUAAAAGUAGACACCACUGAACAAGGAAUGUACUGAGAUGACUUCCUUAGGGAUACAGCUAAGGGAAAUAACUUGCACUAAAAAAAACAUUUAAAAUACUUGAUUCCAUGAGUCAGUUUAUUGUAGUUUUUUGAUUUCUGUAUGAUAAAAGAGAAACAUUUUUGUAUUUAUUGGAUAAGUGAAUGAAGCUAUUUUUAAAGAUAAAUGUAGAAGAAAGCCAAGCUGCUGCUGUUACCUGCAGAUAUAAAAUCCUGUUACUUUGUAAAAAGUGUAAAUAGAAUGAGGAAUAAACAGUAUAAAAACAAAUGACCAAAUGCUACCUGACACUGCAGCUGUUUGCUUUUAGUGGAGUUCCCCGAGUCAGGUUCCAUGGCAUAUAAUUUUAACCAACUGUGAAUUAGGUUCAAAACCACACCCAGGUAGUGGCAAGAAGCCCCUUUAGCAAACCUAGAUAUAAAGGUGGAGCAUUGCUGACAUAAGAUAUUCAGCAAAAUCAUGUAAGAGUUGUAGCCUCAAAGAAUAGUUUUUAUUUUUAAGCAAAAUUAUGAGAUGUAAUUAUGCUAACACUGCAGGAUUUUUGACAAUAGGGUUUUGGAAUAAAUAAGAAAAUAGGCACAAAAAUAUUAUUUGUAUGGAUUGUUUUUGUUUACAUUUCUUUAAACAAACACUGUUUUGUGUUGGCUUAUAGAGGUUUAAAAUAUGCAUUUUGAACCAGGUUAGCUUUAUUUUGUACUUACAGAAAAGAAAUAACUGGUACUGACACGUCACAAUUAUAAAGUUCAAAUGAAGUUUGUGUGCACAUUAUCAGUAAACUGUUAUAUUCGAUGAAACGGUCAUAAAAUGUAAUGUAUAUGGCAUGUUGUAUUUUUUACCUUGCAGAAGAAAUCAAAUGUACAUAGUUCUUGAUAAAUAGCUGUAUGAAUUUGUUUCCUGGAUUUUUUUCUCUUGUACAAUAAUAUUCCAACAUCCCACCAGUAUUUGUCCUACAGUUUUUUUUCUGUUCUGUAUAAUAGUAUCUAAUGUUGGGGGAAAAAAAGCAGCUUUUUUUUUGAAGUAUAACGAGUGUUAUUGGGUUUUGGAGUUUGUGCAGCCAGAUUAGAUCAGCAUUUACAAAUAAAAUAUUUUACAUCUA